AUGUCACAAAAGUUGCGUCAUGGUCUGAAGAUACUGUUCGAAGUGAAGCAUCGAGACACAUCAUCAUUAUCCUUCAUCACAAAGCCAUUGCCGCCUCCCUCAGUUGCCACCACCUCAGUUGUCGCCUCCCUCAGUUGCCACCUCCCUCAGUUGUCACCUCCCUCAGUUGUCACCUCCCUCAGUUGCCACCUCCCUCAUUUGUCACCUCCCUCAGUUGUCACCUCCCUCAGUUGUCACCACCUCAGUUGCAACACCUCAGUUGUGGCCUCCCUCAGUUGCCACCUUCCUCAGUUGUCACCACCUCAGUUGCCACCUCCCUCAGUUGUCACCUCCCUCAGUUGUCGCCACCCUCAGUUGUCGCCUCCCUUAGUUGUCACCACCUCAGUUGUCGCCUCCCUCAGUUGCCACCUCCCUCCGUUGUCGCCUCCCUCAGUUGUCGCCUCCCUCAGUUGUCGCCUCCCUAAGCUGUCACCACCCUCAGUUGUCCCCACCUCAGUUGUCGCCUCCCUCAGUUGUCGCCUCCCUCAGUUGCCUCCUCCCUCAGGUGUCACCACCUCAAUUGCCGCCUCCCUCAGUUGUCACCACCUCAGUUGCCACCUCCCUCAGUUGCCACCUCCCUCAGUUGCCACCACCUCAGUUGCAACACCUCAGUUGUGGCCUCCCUCAGUUGUCACCACCUCAGUUGCAACACCUCAGUUGUGGCCUCCCUCAGUUGCCACCUUCCUCAGUUGUCACCUCCCUCAGUUGCCACCUCCCUCAGUUGUCACCUCCCUCCGUUGUUGCCACCCUCGGUUGUCGCCUCCCUCGGUUGUCACCACCUCAGUUGUCGCCUCCCUCAGUUGCCACCUCCCUCCGUUGUCGCCUCCCUCAGUUGUCGCCUCCCUCAGUUGCCACCUCCCUCAGCUGUCACCACCCUCAGUUGUCACCACCUCAGUUGUCGCCUCCCUCAGUUGUCGCCUCCCUCAGUUGCCUCCUCCCUCAGGUGUCACCACCUCAGAUGUUGCCUCCCUCAGUUGCUGCCUCCCUCAGUUGUCACCACCUCAGUUGCCACCUCCCUCAGUUGCCGCCUCCCUCAGUUGUGACCACCCUCAGUUGUCACCACCUCAGAUGUCGCCUCCCUCAGUUGUCACCACCUCAGUUGCCACCGGCCUCAGUUGCCACCGGCCUCAGUUGUCACCACCUAAGUUGCCACCGGCCUCAGUUGCCACCACCUCCGUUGCCACCGGCCUCAGUUGUCACCACCUCAGUUGCCUCCUCCCUCAGUUGUCACCUCCCUCAGUUGCCACCUCCCUCAGUUGCCACCUCCCUCAGUUGCCACCACCUCAGUUGCCACCGGCCUCAGUUGUCACCACCUCACAUCAGUUGUCACCACCUCAGUUGCCACCACCUCAGUUGCCACCGGCCUCCGUUGCCCCGGCCUCAGUUGUCACCACCUCAGUUGUCACCACCUCAGUUGCCACCACCUCAGUUGCCACCACCUCAGUUGCCACCGGCCUCAGUUGUCACCACCUCAGUUGUCGCCUCCCUCAGUUACCACUGGCCUCAGUUGUAGCCUCCCUCAGUUGCCACCAGUCUCAGUUGCCACCACUUCAGUUGUCACAAGCCUCAGUUCCCACCGGCCUGAGUUGCCACAGCCUGAGUUGCCACCACCUCAGUUGCCACCUCCCUCAGUUGCCACUGGCCUCAAUUGCCACCACCUCAGUUGCCACCAGCCUCAGUUGUCACCAGCAUCAGUUGCCACCAGCCUUAGUUGCCACCGGCCUCAGUUGCCACCUGCCUGAGCUCAAUUGCCACAAGGCUCCUCCACAAUGUUAUUUCAAUGGCGGAGUGAGUCUCUUCCCACCUGCCUCAGUUUCUAGCAGCUGCCAUCCUCAGUUGCAACCAGCCACCGCCUCAGUCCCCAUCAGCCUCGGUUGCGAUCCUGUCUCUGUUGCCACCGGCCUCAUUUGCCACCUGCCUCAGUUGCCACUGGCCACAGUAGCCACUAGCCUCAGUUGCCACCAGCAUCAGUUGUCACCACCUCAGUUGCCACUGGCCUCAGUUGCCACCAGCAUCAGUUGCCACCAGCAUCAGUUGCCACCACCUCAGUUGCCACCGGCUUCAGUUGCCACCACCUCAGUUGUCGCCUUCCUCAGUUACCACCGGCCUCAGUUGUCGCCUCCCUCAGUUGCCACCGGUCUCAGUGGCCACCUCCCUCAGGUGCCACCAGCACCAGUUGCCACCACUUCAGUUGCCACAAGCCUCAGUUCCCACCGACCUGAGUUGCCACAGCCUCAGUUGCCACAGCCUCAGUUGCCACCGGCCUCAAUUGCCAUCACCUCAGUUGCCACCUCCUUCAGUUGCCACCGGCCUCAAUUGCCACCACCUCAGUUGCCACCUCCCUCAAUUGCCACCACCUCAGUUGCCACCAGCCUCAGUUGCCACCGGCUUCAGUUGCCACCUGCCUGA